UUCCAGGCUGUGCUCAAAAAGCAGCACAAAGUAGACAAUCCUCUCAUUCUCAUUCAUCCUCCAUCAUCACUCUCAAAAGGUUUACCAAAAUGCCCAUCAACCACUCCAUCCUCGCCCUCAUAUUCCCUGAAUUUGAAGCCCUCGACUUCUUCGGCCCGCUGGGCUCCAUCAUCCCCUCCCCGAACGACUACUACACCCUCAAAACCGUCAACGUCACCAACUCUCCAUCUGCAGAGACGUCCAUGAAAAACGGGCUCACCGUCUCAUCCACGCUCUCCUUGGCCGACGCGCUUAGUGAAAAUGAACACUUCGACACCCUCUUCAUCCCCGGUGGAUACGGCAUGAUACCCAUCCUUUCAGAUGCGGGGUUAAUGCAGCAGAUUGGGGAGCUGGCGGAUAAGGCUUCGACUGUGUUUACGGUUUGUACGGGGUCGAUUGUGCUAGCCGCGACGGGGAUGUUGGAUGGGAGGGGAGCGACGACGAAUAAGAUUGUUUUUGAUGAGAUGACGCCGAGCUACCCCAACAUCAAAUGGCAGAAACAAGCCCGUUGGGUCUGGGAUGGGAAGUUCCUGACCUCAUCUGGUGUCACGGCGGGGAUUGAUGCUGGGCUUGAUUUUAUUGCGAAUACGUAUGUUGCGCCGGAGGAGCGUAGUGCGGAUACACAGGAAGCGCGUGGAAAUGGGGAUGCAGCUGUGAUACCGGGGUUUGAGAAGGAAAAAGCACUCAAGUUUGCUCGUUUUGUGGCUUUUAGAGCCGAGUAUAGAUGGCAUGAGGAUUCGGGUGAUGAUCCUUUUGUGUAGAUAGACAGUUUUUAGAAGUGGA